AUGAUUUUCCGGAGUUUGCGCGUCCGGUCACUUGUCAAUACCCAACAAUACCUCACCUACAGAACAGUAUCUCUGCAACGCGCCUUCAAAGCGCUAAUGAGCGACAUGCCUCCAAAAAAGCGCAAGUCAUCAAGCACUUCUGCCAUUAAUGGUGCCUCAUCAGACACAAAUAAACGCGGAAAGCCCGAUCUUACGCGUCCGCAUCCCCAUGCCAAAGAUACAGAAGACUUUGGCAUCGUCCUGCGUGACUUCUAUCCCCCUGAGAUGUGCAACGAGCGGUGCGAGGCUUACAAUAACGGAACGCUGGAACGACCCAUCGAAUCCCUACAGAGGGCAUACGAAGACACGUUCGAUGAACGUCAGAAAAUCGAGCCCAAGACAGCCGUCGUUCACUGGUUCAAAACAGAUCUUCGACUACAUGACAAUCGCGGCCUCCAAAUGGCAUAUCAGGUUGCGCGAGAACACAACCUGCCUCUCAUCGGCUUGUAUAUUCUCUCUCCGGAGGAUCUGACAGCUCAUUUGUCGAGCGCUCCUCGUGUGGAUCUGACGUUACGAACAUUAGAAUUGUUGCGGCGAGACUUGAAUGAGCUGGAUAUUCCUUUGUAUAUGGAGACGCAGGAAAGGAGGAAGGAUAUUCCUCAAAGGAUUAUAGAUUUAUGCCAGGAAUGGGGUGCAAGUCACCUCUUUGCAAACCUGGAGUAUGAAGUCGAUGAAUUGCGCCGCGAGGCGAAAUUAGUACGACUGUGCGCAAGAAACGACAUACGAUUUGAAGCAGCACAUGAUACAUGCGUUGUCACUCCGGGCAAGCUGGUCACCCAACAGGGGAAACAGUAUGCAGUCUAUAGCCCGUGGUUUCGCUCCUGGUGUGCCUUCCUUAAUGAGAAUCCAGAAUACCUUGAGGUUGCGGAUGAGCCGGGGUCGAACCCCGGCGAUGCACGCAAGUACUUCAAGACCCUCUUUGACUGCGAGGUGCCUGUUGCACCGGAGAACAAGCGGCUCACUGAGGAAGAAAAGACAAGAUUCAGGGAAUUGUAUCCGGAGGGCGAGCAUGAGGCACUCCGUAGGCUGGAGGCGUUUCUGGAGGACAAGGCAAACGACUAUGAUGACUUGCGAAACUCACUCGCGGGGCGGAAUACAUCCGUGCUAAGCCCUUAUUUCGCGUCUGGGGCACUUAGCGCACGAACAGCUGUUUUUGAGGCCCGUAAAAAGAACAAAGGCCAAUUGAGUAUGAACCAGACUGGAUAUGCAUCGUGGAUUAGCGAGGUUGCUUGGCGAGAUUUCUAUAAGCAUGUCCUGGUUCAUUGGCCAUUCAUAUGUAUGAACAAGUGCUUCAAACCUGAAUUUACAAAUUUAGCGUGGUCUUAUAACAUAGAUCACUUCAAUGCUUGGUGCGAGGGCAAAACUGGCUAUCCCAUCGUCGACGCCGCCAUGCGCCAAAUGAACCACGCCGCCUGGAUGCAUAAUCGCACGCGCAUGGUCGUUUCAUCAUUUCUUUCGAAAGACCUUCUGGUAGAUUGGCGUGCAGGGGAACGAUAUUUCAUGGAACACCUGAUAGACGGGGACUUCGCCUCGAACCACGGCGGCUGGGGUUUCGGUUCUAGUACUGGGGUUGAUCCCCAGCCAUAUUUCCGGAUCUUUAAUCCUCUACGCCAGAGUGAGCGGUUUGAUCCAGAAGGCGAGUAUAUUCGUCACUGGGUGCCGGAACUACGUGCGGUUGAGGGCGCGGCGGUUCAUGACCCAUAUGGCCGAGGAGCUGGGGAUAUUGCUGAGAGGAAUGGUUAUCCAAGGCCGAUAGUGGAUCAUUCUCAGAGUCGAGAUCGUGCGUUAGAGAAUUAUAAGAAGGUUGCCCAGGGCCGCUGA